AUGCUCGGUGAAGGGGGAGAUGACAUUUCAGCUCCCUGGGUAUCCUUAAAGAAGUUGCCUGAGAGGGGCCUUCUCCUGGCCGCUGCCACGCUGGCCUCGCCGGCCGAUGAGGUAGCGAACCCUGGCUUUUGGGAUGCACUCUACGCCGAGAGUGCGCGUGCCGGUGUCCAGGACUUCAACGCCUCCUGGCAGGGCCUCACGGCGGCGAGGCUGCUCGAAGUGCUUGACGGGCGUCUGGAGCUCCGCAAGGAGCUCCGCCUGGUCGUCUUCGGCAGUGGCGAUGCCGCACUCUGCCAGGAGCUCCUGGAUUUCGGCCUUGCAGCGGUCACGGCAGUGGACUUCAGCUCCACGCUGUCGCGGCAGAGGCCACAGCGGGAUGGCGUGCGAUGGCUCGUCGAGGAUGUUCGAAAGCAGACGUCCCUCGACGCGUCUACGUUUGAUGCCGUCCUCGAGCUCGGUACGUUAGACACAGCUGCUGCAGCUGGCGGGGAAGGGGCUGCUGGCCUCCUGCGCGAGGCACGGCGGCUCCUGCGGGCCGGAGGUCUCUUCAUCUCCGGCUCCGCGGACCCUCCAGAGUUUCGGCUCCCCCUCCUCGCAGAACAUCCUGCAGGAGGUUGGGCCGAGAACGCGGAGGUCCUCAAGCUUCCCCGUUCCCUCGAGCUGGAUCCGAGGGUGAAAGACUUGGACCCGAGCUGGGAGGUGGAGAACAUCUUCAUCUAUGUGAGCACAGCUGCCGGGGAGGUGGAGGCUGGGCAAAGAGCUUCCAGCGAGGUGGGCUCAGGGUCCCGUCCGGACACUCUUUCUGAUGCACCGCCACCUUCAUCCGUCGAGCCGGCGGAAACGGCAGAGCCACCGUCCACCACCACCACCACCACCACCACCACAACAACCACAACAACAACAACCACAACAGCUGCCGCCGCAGCAGACCCAGCGCACCCAGCUGAGGAAGCGACCGUUGCAGCCGAGGAGCCCAUCACAACAACCACGACGACGACCACCACCACCACGACACCGGAACCUGAGUCAACUCCACCUGUACCUGCGCCAGCACCUGGUCCACCAGAGCCCAUGCCCUCGGAACCAGCACCACCCGAGCCGUCACAGCCUCCAGCGCCCGCUGAGGUGCCCACCGAGCCUGUGGCCGAGCCAGCAGCCGAGCCCGCCCAAACACCUCCCACUCCACCAGUAGCCACCCCGCCGGUUCCAGCCCCACCAGCCCCACCAACCCCACCAGCUCCUCCACCAGCCACACCAGCUCCACCAGCUCCUCCAGCUCCACCCACACCCGUCCCACCCCCAGAGCCCCCUGCACCGCCUCCGAGCGAACUCAAGGCCGAGGAUGCUUUUGCAGCGAGCAUACGGCGGCUUCAGGAGCAGGCGCAGGCCUUGGCGAAAUCAGCAAAGUGA